UAAGACCAAGGAGAUAUCUUUCAUCUUGGCUGGCAUGAGCCUUACAGCAACAAAUGUGCUAAACAUUAUGAAAACACCCUUUUCCUUUUCCCUUUCCUUUUCCUUCCUAAGCUCCUACAGAGGACUUUUCAAGGAACAUGACAGCUUUUACUCCAUUUACUUUUCCAAGGUUAUUUUUCCAGUUCUCUACAGAGGCCUACUGAGAAGGAACAUGAAAGCACAGCUUUUACUUCAUUUACUUAUCCAAGCUGUUCUGCUAUUUGAUACUUUAGCAUGGGAAGUGAAAAUGCCAAAAGACAUACGGGGCCUCCAGGGUUCCUGUCUUGUUAUACCAUGUUCUUUCUCUUACACAUCAUACCCACCCGAAAACCCACGUCGAGUUGUGUGGUAUCAGUGGGUCUCUAAAGGUUAUCCUUUAGUUUAUGAUCUUCUGCAUGCAGACGAUGUCAUUGAGAUGUUUAGAGGAAAAACUUCUUUAUAUGGAAACCCAUCAAAUGGGGAUUGCAGUCUGCUGAUCAGAAAUCUGGAAAAGUCCCAUAAUGAAGAGAAAUUGUAUGCAUGGAUUGACCCUGAAAACAUUGGAUGGCGCACCUACGCAUUUUAUGAUGUCACCUCCACAAUUCUAGUUGAUGCAAGUCCACAGCAGCCCAGCAUCAGUAUUUAUGGAGGUGAAAGGAUGGGUGAGACUAUUACAAUGACAUGUUCAACUUUCCACACGUGUCCAUACAGAGAACCAAACAUCGUUCUGAAAGGUCCUGAAGGAACUGAUAAAUUAGUCAAUGAGCAUAUUGAAGACGGCCUGUGGAAAAUCACUCUCACACGCACAGGCAUUAUAGAGGCAGAAAUUUCAACAAUUGAGUGUUCUGUAACACAUCACGGUGGCAUAACAGUGACAGCUACAAAAGACAAAAGUGCCAAAUGUGUUCAUCAAAAAAUAACAAUUGAGCCUGAACUGGCAGAACUCACAGAGGGCGUCCCAAAGAACUUCAGUUGCUCCGUCUAUCACUCCUGCCAGAAAGAGACUCCAGUCAUCACAUGGAACUAUCAGAACAUGAGGGUCUCAACGGGGGGCAAAACACUUUCUACUUUAGAUCGGGUCACCUAUUCCAGCAUAACCAUUCUGGGUACAAAAGACGACCAUGGGAAGAAACUGAUUUGCACUGUGAAAUUUUCUGGAAAAGACAUUACGGCUUCUGUUGUUUUAUAUGUGCAAUAUCCCUUGCUUAUUGGCCUGAAGACUAUCGGUCUGUAUAUCCUGGCACCUUCACUUGUGUUUCUAAUCGCUUGCAUAAUUGCUGGAGUCAUCAUAUACAAGAAGUGACGAAGAGUGGCUCCAGCUGAGAGUGGGCUGAUGGGACGGACAGGUGUGCCGGACAGAGCAUCUGAAGACUGUGGAUUCACCCUCUUGCACAAACGCCUCAGACUGCAGCACAGGUUUUGAUGCUUGCCCU